AGACAAAACGGUCAACAACAUAUGCGCCUCUGUCGCCCUUGUAACACAGCGUUAGACAGACGCGUACCAAGCAGUGACAAAAUAAUAACAAAAUGAAGUUAUUAAUACUUUUUGGUUUAACACUCCUUUGUGGAGUGGAGUCGUUGAAAAUUUUAGUAUAUUUCCCUUUGCCGGUUCGGAGUGUUGGCAUGCUAGGACAAGGAAUAGUCAGACAUUUAUUGGACGCCGGACAUGAGGUGACAUUCGUUACUGUGUAUCCGAUGAAAGACGUGCGACCCUCCUUAAAACAAGUCGAUAUUAGCAGCAAUAAAGAAUUAGUAGCGAAGGACGAAAGCCUUAUGUUAUCUUUUAUGUUGGAAAAUAAUGUUCAAGACACCGACGUCCUGUAUAUUCAAACCUUUUUCAAAGAAAACUCCAGACAGACGUUUACAAACGAAAACUUUACAAAAUUCUUACAAGAUACGAGUCAACGCUUCGACCUCGUCUUAGCUGACUUGAUGGAGUCUGAAGUGUCUGCAGGGUUAUCGGUUGUCUACGACUGUCCAUAUGUAUGGUACUAUUCUAUGGGCGCCCAUUGGCAUGUUUUAAGGCUGAUUGAUGAAGGAAAGAAUCCUGCUUAUGACCCUGACUAUUUAACUACAACGAUAGCACCUUUCUCAUUCUUACAAAGAGUCGAACAGCUUUGGGCCAGGAUCAAGUACAAGGCACUAAAAACAUUCAUCACUCUUCCAGAGGAAAAGAAAAUAUACGAAGAAAUAUUUACCCCACUAUUAGCUCAACGUGGCAGAACUCUUCCAAACUACGAAAAUGUCAUUUACAACGCAUCCCUUGUCUUUGGGAACGAACACAAUGCUGUGAAACAUAGGCCAAGCACUCCACAGAACUUCAAGUACGUCGGUGGAAUACAUAUACCCGAUCCUGUGACACCAUUGCCGAAGAAAUUGCAAGACCUAAUGGACAACGCUAAGCAUGGCGUCAUUUACUUCAGUAUGGGAUCAUUCUUCAAAAGCAAACACUUACCACAGAGUUUAGUCAGGGGCCUUGUGAAGACAUUUGGGGAACUCAAAGAGACAGUUUUAUGGAAAUUCGAGGAAGAUUUGACUGAUCUACCGAGCAACUUACACAUUUUACAAUGGGCACCUCAAGCUAGCAUUUUAGCUCAUCCAAACCUCAAGUUCUUCAUAACACACGGUGGUCUGCUAUCAUCAAUUGAAGCUAUCCACUUUGGUGUACCAGUCAUAACAAUCCCAGUAUACUUCGAUCAGUUUACGAAUGCAGAAAAAGCGGUGAAAAAUGGAUAUGCCAUCAGAGUGCCACUUAGUUACGACUUACCUGAGACCUUAAGACCAGCUAUCAAAUCUAUGCUGUCUGAUGAUAUCUACAAGAAGAAAGUGACUGAGCUGUCCAUAAUCUACCACGACCGACUGGUCCCACCAGGCAAGGAGUUGGUGCACUGGGUGGAACACGUGGUGAAGACCCGUGGUGCCCUACACCUUCGCUCACCAGCCCUGAACGUGCCCCUCUACCAACGCCUAUUCCUGGACCUCUUGGCAGUCAUCCUGGUCAUACUAUACAUUAUAAGAAGGAUUAUCAAAAAUCUGACCACGAAAACUCCCAAAAAAACUGAGAAGAAGAAGAAGAAUUAAAAACAGUGAAUAAUUAA